AUGAUCGCGGUCCUUCGGAUACGAUCGUCGAAUCACCGGUUUCCUGUUUUGGUUGCAGAAGCCGACUACACCUUAGAUGACUCCUUCUGGAGCGAGGAGACUCCUGUUGGUGAGGUCGAACGACUACUGCGUGAAUACCGACAGAACCAAGAGCUAGUACGAAAUAUCGGGGCCCAUUACUAUCAGAUCAUCUACCCGGUACAGUUACGGCAUCACGAGAAAAUGGGGAUAUCCACGAGAGAAGUUUCGAAGUUUCCUCAAAGAGGAUACAGCGAGAGCGGAUAUCCGAACUCUAGAGGCAGGACGAAAACGGGGAGACACGUUCAUCGGACGUCCCUCUUGAUCAAGGCCUUUAGUUACAAAUUGCGCCUAGACUUAGAAUUAAAUACGCAACUUUUAGCACCGAAUCUCCAGCAAAGAGACUUUUUAGUCAAGGGCGCGGAACAAAGUUCUAAACAGGAGAUAGAGCACUGCUACUAUCACGGCACCAUCAGGGAUUAUCCCGGGGCCAGCGCUGCCUUUCACACGUGUAACGGUCUCAGCGGUGUCAUUCAUUUAGGCAACGAGACCUUCGUCGUUCAUCCGUUCUACGGCGGCGAUCUGUCGCAGAAACAUCCUCACGUUAUAUUUGAGGCUCGAACGAAGGCUGACAAAGGCUGCGCUAACUUGGGCAGCCUUGAGCGGCGUUCGAAGAACCGUCGGCAGAAGCAUGUUCUGGGCCUAUCGAAGAACACCUCCAAUCGAUACAAGAGAGACGUCCGUGAGGCAACCAAAUACAUCGAAACUGCCAUCAUUAUCGAUAAGGCUAUGUUCGAGAAGAGGAACGGUAGCCGUAGAACGGAGGUUGUCCACGAUGUCAUCCAAGUCGCCAAUAUCGCUGAUUUGUAUUUCCGUAUGUUGAACACUAGAGUCUCCGUGACGUACAUCGAAACCUGGCAGGGCAAGAACCAGGCGGAAAUUAAUAAAGACAUGGACAUCGUGAACGCUCUGAAAAAGCUGAACGAUUACGCGAUGAGGAACAUGUACCACGUGACGUUCGACACCGCCCAAUUGCUUACGGGCGACAGCUUCUCGGGCGGAGAAUCGGGGGUAGCCGCGCCGUCGACCAUAUGCAAGCCCACAGCCGUAGGAAUUAGCGUCGAUUUAAACACUUACGAGCCUCACUUACUGGCUGGCACCAUGGCGCACAUGAUCGGCCACAACAUUGGCAUGAACCAUGACAAUGACAGGACCGACUGCGUGUGCCACGACUGGCACGGCUGCAUCAUGGCCCAGUCCAUCGUCGGGCUGGACAACGUGCAGCCGUACAAAUUCUCGGACUGCAGCAAAGCCGACUAUGCGGAGAUGCUGCAGCGGGGCGAAGGCGUUUGUCUUCUUAACAAACCAAACGAGUUAGAGCUGAGGAAAUUUUGCGGAAACAAGGUAAUAGACGACGGGGAACAAUGCGACUGCGGAUCAAUGGAGGAGUGCAAGGACCUCGAUCCUUGCUGCGAUCCGAUCACCUGCAAGCUCAAGAGAGAAGCGCAGUGCGCGGCUGGACCAUGCUGCAGCGACUGCAAGUUGUUGGCUCCCGGAGUAGUCUGCCGGGAAUCAACGAACGAAUGCGACCUGCCGGAAGUCUGCUCGGGUCAAACAGGCCAGUGUCCACCGGAUGUUUACAAAAAGAAUGGGAACCCAUGCUCGGACAACAAAGGGUACUGUUUCAACGGCGUCUGUCCGGCGCUGGAUCUACAGUGCGAGCAGAUCUGGGGAUACGGCGGAAUGGCGGCGGAUAUACGCUGCUUCGAGGUGUUCAACGCCAAAGGCUCGUUCACUGGACACUGCGGCACGGACAGGACGGACGGCCAUUACAUCAAAUGCGAGAUGGAAAACGUGCGCUGCGGGUCGUUACACUGCCAGCAGGGUAGCAAGCAACCUGUGAUCCUUGAUAUCGAUCACUCGCGGAUCAUAAUAUCGAGCAAGAGCAAGGAAUACGAGUGCAAAUCGAUCUCCGGCAAAGUGGAUGGCUCGGGACCACCUAGCAUGGGAUUGGUUCGCGACGGAACAUCCUGCGGAGUUGAUUUGGUGUGCGUGAACCAAACUUGCGUGAGCCUGUUCCCGCUCAUAGACAAAGAGAAGUGUCCCACCAAUCAGAACGACAACGAGUGCUCGGGCAACGGCGUGUGCACGAACAUGAACAAGUGCUACUGCAAUCCAGGAUGGGACGGACCAGACUGUUCCAUACAGCAAGCUAUCACCACGCCUCCACCCAAGGUCUUGAGCGAAACACCUGGUAAAAAUAGGUCAAGUAUUAAGAUGAACAAGAAAGAGACCCCCUACGAGAACUACCACGGCUCUAACACUGUAUUUUUAGUUGCUGUGCUCAUGUCGGUGGUAGGGGGUGUUUUCAUAGUAUUUGCUCUGAUGGCUCUCUGCUACAGGUCAGUCGUAGUACAUAAAAACUACUCCCUCUGUCUCAGAAGGAAGAGCACCGUCCAGAAGUACGAUCAGCCGUACGUGAAGAAACCGCCGCCGCCGAAGAACCACCACCCGGAGCACGCGGUGCUGGACAACGUGAACAGCGACAUUCUCAACUUCCAAAAUAUGCCCGGUUACAGCCGCAGCGACACCCAGCGCGUGCUGUUUCGGUACCCGAAUAACGUCGCCACCGCAGACGGGCCAAGACUCAAGGAUCACAGGUUGCAGUCGAGGAAGCUCGCCAUUAAUGAGGAAGACGGAGGUACGGGAGGCGAGGAAGUUGUUUCUUUCAUUGAUGUACCGAACAAGCCUGGGAAGGGAAUCUUAAAGAAAAACCCCGAUUACGAAGGAGGUACCGUGAUGAACCUGGAUCGCAUGGACAGCUUGAACGGCUACCACGAGAACAUCAUGGAGGCGUUGAGGAAAGCGAAGAUCCGCCGCGAAUUGUCGGAGACAACCUCCGCCGGCGGGAACAUGGUGAACGACGAGACACUGCGGAAACCUCUGACGGAGUGCGGCUACCCGGACACCUGCCACAAGGACAUGGACGGUCAGGACGACAUCGACAACCAGGACGACGAGGAGGAGGGCGAGGAAGGGACCUGCAGCGUGCUCCGCAUCCGCAAUCUGGAGGACCUCAUCAAGCAGCUGGAGCGUCACUCGUCUCGUCACAUCAGCCACUUGAGUCCGUGCGGCUCCGAGGAGAUGCGGAUAUCCGAGAGCGAGGCUGAUCGCCACUACAGAAUAGAUUCGUCCGUUUGUAGCGAGUCCUCCCAAGGAAGCAGAAGGUGUAGCCGCGGCCGCGACGAUACCUACGGUCGAUGCCGUCAGCCGUCGUCGAGUCCUUACGGCACCCAUCAGCACACUCGACACUCCCAUCAAAUGCAAGUGGAGGAGGGUAUCUAUGAAACUGCCGACACUGACAGAGGCUCAAAUGCUAGGGGUGAAACGCCCGAUAGUGAAAGUGAUGCAUUUAUUCAAGCUCAACAACAACUAGCCCGAUGGACUAGUGAGGACGGAGUGCAACACCGGCCACCGCAGCAGCCGCCGCCGCCGCCACCGCCGCCACCUGCAAUGACUGACGGUGGUUCGAUGCAGUUGUUGCAGCAACACCAUCAUCAUGGCCAAUGUGAACAUCACCAACAAUCUCAGCAGCAACAACAUCACCACCAUCAUCACACGCAGCAGCAGCAGCAGCAGCAGCAGCAGCAGCAGCAACAGCAGCAGCAGCAGCAGCAGCAGCAGCAGCAGCAGCAGCCGCAGCAGCAGCAACAGCAACAACAGCAGCAGCAGCAGCCGCAGCAGCAGCAGCAGCAGCAGCCGUCGUCACAACAGCAUCAAUGUCAACAACAACACCAACUGCCGGUGGAACAACUGCCAAUACAGCAGCGUGGCUAUUAUCCAUCCCCACCCCAUACUGACAACAAUGGUCUCGACAAUGACGAGACUGAAAAUGCUCAAUCCCAUCAACAACAAAAGCUCCUCCCUGAUGUUCGUGGAAUCGAUGUUAAUCACUUGCCUAAUAUUAACAAAUGCCCACUAGACGAUACAUUUAGUCUAGAUUGUAACAUAAAUAAUGGUUCCCCUAAAGAAUUAAAUACCAACAACACUAGUGAUAACGAAAAUACUGCCCUACUGCCCCCUUCGCAUUUUCCCGAGUACAAGCAUUGAUAAUUAUUAAUCGAUGACAGAUAGUGUCCAUAAAACAUAGUGGUGUGAUUUAAUCUUGAACUCGCAUUUUAUACUGAAUAGUGUAAAUAUAACGAUAAACUUAUUCGAUCGCGACAGCAAGAGCAACAACAAGAAAACAACAACAGCAGACAGGUAUUAAAUUAUAAUGAAUUAAAAUAAUCUAUAUAAAAUGUUUAUUAAUAAACAUUAGUAAAGAGAUUUAC